AUGUACUGUGAGAAUGAUAGGCCAGCCCGUGUACAGACCAACUCCAAGGUUCAGACCUGCCUCGCCUUCGUCACCACCACAAUCACGGCCACUGCUACCAAUAGCCGUCUAUUUGACCUUUUCAUCGUCGACCAACCUGCCCGUGGCGUCCACCACGGGCACCACGACGACUACCGGCUUCGUGGUGCAACCGGUGCAUCGUAUUCGCCGCAUCGACGCCUCACCUCCUCGAGGGGCCUCGUCUCCCAGUUGCCCCAGGCAACAGCACCACAUGCAAUAAACACGGCGUCUUCAAUACACCCAAGCCGCUGGGGUGUUGUGCUUGGGGUGUUGCUUCAGGCGUCUUUGCAGCCAAGCCGUCAUGCAGGCUUUUUCCGCCUGUCCUACCAGGUCUUGUGUCUUGCCUAG